CGAGGCGUGCCCACUGUGCCCCUCCCCCACCCGCGCACUCUAGCAUUCCCCACACUAAUGUCAACCUUCCCAACCCUUCCUUCUCUCUCAUUCCUCUCCCAAUCACCUCUCUCCUCUCUCCGAUGUCCUCCCCCACCGCCGCCCCACCCCGCAAGUUCCCCCCGCCGUGCUGGACCGACGACGAGGCCCAAGCCCUCAUCUCCGUCUUCAAACAGAAAUGGACCUCCCUGAACCGCACCAACCUCAAAUCCCACGACUGGGAUGACGUCGCCGCCUCCCUCGCCGCCCAGUUCCCCCUCGUCUCCCCCUCCAAGACCGCCGUCCAGUGCCACAACAAGAUCGAGAAGCUCCGCAAACGCUUCCGCUCCGAGAAGCUCCGCGCCUCCACCCGACCCGGCCGCUUCUCCCCUUGGGCCCUCUACCCCUUCAUGGAGGACCUCGAGUCCCACAACCACCCCUCCGCUAAACCUGACGCCGGCUCCGGCUUCUUAGCUGCUCUCGAUGAGUUUGUUGGUCUAGGUGAUGAUGCGCAUUUCCCGGUGAAGUCGUUAGGCAAUAGGAACUUGGGCACUUACGUCACACCGAAGAGUCAUGAGGAGGAGGAGUUUAAUCCUAAGAGGAAGGUGAAAUUGGCGAGUGGUUCUGGUGUGUUGAGGAGUAGUAAUGUUAAGGAGGUUGAUCCGGUUGGGGCGAUUGUUUCGUCGAUUCGGUUGCUGGGGGAGAAGUAUAUGGAGGUGGAGAAGAGGAAGAUGGAGAUGGCUAGGGAGAUUGUGAUGAUGCAGAUGGACAUGGAAAUGAAGCAGACUCAGGCGGUUAUGGAGUCGCAGCAACAGAUGGUCAAUGUUUGUGUGAGUGCAUUGUUGGACAGCAAGAAGAAGAAGAGGAAGAUCAAGGCUGUGCCAACUGAUUCCUAGGCGGAGCUAUUUAUGCUGUAAAUGAGGAGAAAUGUGUACUAGGAUGACAUGCCUCGAAGGAGAGAGGUCUCUGGUGUUGACAAGAAGUAAGAUUUUUUCUUUUCGGGAUUAAUAAUUACGCUGUUAGUACUUUUGAGCUGGUAGAUUUGGCUAGUUUGAUUCUUGUAUCUAGUGGAUGGAAGAUCUGAGACAUGUAACUUGGUAGAUUCAUGGCAAUAUAUACCAGUUUUCUAAC